CUGGGACCAAAACACAUGGAUCUACACAAAACAGCUCAGCAAAAGAAUCUGGAAGGAUAUGUUGGCUUUGCAAGCCUCCCCAACCAAGUGUACAGGAAGUCUGUGAAGAGGGGCUUUGAGUUCACCCUGAUGGUCGUGGGUGAAUCAGGGUUGGGCAAAUCCACGUUGAUCAACUCCCUGUUCCUAACAGACCUGUAUUCACCAGAGUAUCCUGGACCUUCACACAGAAUCAAAAAGACUGUACAGGUGGAACAGACAAAAGUUUUAGUUAAAGAAGACGGCGUCGAGCUGCUGCUCACCAUCGUCGACACUCCAGGGUUCGGAGAUGCCGUCGACAACAGCGACUGCUGGCAGCCCAUCAUUGACCAUAUUGACAGCAAGUUUGAAGACUACCUGAACUCCGAAUCCCGGGUGAACAGACGACAGAUGCCCGACAGCCGGAUCCACUGCUGUCUCUACUUCAUCACCUCGUCGGGACACGGGUGAGUCUGGGAGACAAAAUC